AUUUCCGGUGAGGCCUCGUUUCCCCUCAACAUAUUUUAUUUCUAUGUUUUGGAGAAGAAGAAGAAAACAUCUCCCACCACCCAGCUAGUUGGGCUAGUCGGGCUGGUCUAUCUCUUGCUUUGACCGCUGUGUUACACAUGAUUGUUACUAAAUUAUCAUCCCAAACAACUCCUUCCUUUAUGAUAGAGGAAAUAGCUAUAUGAAGAGUCUCCGGUGUAAAGGGGAAACGGCUCCAACUCACGAUGGAAGACUGCUUGCACACUUCUUCAGAGAACCUGUCUAGGUUGGUCCGCUGGGCCCACAGUCACGGCACCAUCUGUGCUCUCAUUCCGAACCUCAAACACCUGCUCACCGAGGGUUCCCAUGGGAACCUGACCGCCAUGUGGGGGUGCAGUGCGGGCCACGCCUACCACUGGCCCCUCCCCGCCACCUGUAAGACAGGCCAGAAGGAGCGGGGUGGCUGCUACCAAGACAGCCGUAGCGUCAACUCGGACAGCCUCAGUGUCCAGGGAGGGGCCUUAGCCCGUCAGAGCAGCCCAGGAGGUGAGAGGUUUCUGGGCCGCUCCACCAAGGCCAAGGGAGGUGACAGCAGCCAGACCCGGGACUCCUGCGACUUCUCUAACUGCAGCGACGACAACACUGAGGCUGAUGACAACACCGAGGAGUAUAACAGCAACCUGUUUGAUAUUGUCUGCGAGUCCUCAGCCACGACGGACGAGGAUGGAGACGUAGACUACGAGCCUCAUCACAGACCCAGGAAGAGGGGUCCCCCGGGGGGCAUGCCCGGCCCCCAGAGACCAGGGUCUGAGGACAGGGGACAGGGGGACAAGUCCGUGAAGAAGAUCAAGCAGGAGACUGCUGAGGACUAUUACACAGUGCCUAAAGCCCAGUUAGCAGCAGGGGUAGGUACUGACUCUGGCAUGGCCUCUCACUCAGUCUCCCAGUCCCCAAAGCCUAAUAACUCCCUGUCCCACCAUGCAUUGCCCCACACACCCUUCCAGCUGGACGCCGACUGUUUGGUUGGUGGCGUGUCGUCGUCUCUGCUGGGCCGCUCCUUUCCUCACAAACCUCUCCGAGGCUCUAUCUCCAGCUCUGUCUCCAAACCUUCCAUGAUGAGCGUUGGUUCUCCCAGACACCAGGACCUGUCCUCGGUGUCGACCCAGGGCCUGAGCACCCUCCCUGGGGCAGGUAGUGAGCUGAUGGAGGACCUGCUGAAGCAUGGAGGAUCCGAGGGGCCGUUGGGGACCCUGACUCCCUCCUCCCCCAGUGGGAUGAACCCUGACCUCCUGGAAGCAGAGACUAAAGGAGAAGCUACAGACUUCUUCUGGCCCACCUCUUCAAGUCACUUUCUGACCAGCGAACCGACAGAGGAGAGGCGGCGGGUUGAAGAGUUUGUUGCUAGUAUAGAUCUCGGUCAGCUACAGAGUCUUCAGACAGUCAUCCGCCAGGUUCUCUCUUUCCGUGAGAAGAAAACGGAGAGAGGGGAAGAGAGGAGAACGGAGAGAGUGGAGAGAGGGCAGGAUUGGAGAACGGAGAGAGUGGGAGAGAGGAGAGUGGGAGAGAGGAGAGUGGAAGAGAGGAGAGUGGGAGAGAGGAGAGUGGAAGAGAGGAGAGUGGAAGAGAGGAGAGUGGAAGAGAGGAGAGUGGAAGAGAGGAGAGUGGAAGAGAGGAGAGUGGAAGAGAGGAGAGUGGAAGAGAGGAGAGCGGAGAGAGGGCAGUUCCAUGAAGAUAGAGCUCCCAGUCAUUAUCCCCAGCCCCACAUUUAUCAACCUAACACCCAUCAGCAACAGACCCAGUUCCAGUCUCAGCUUGAGACCCACCAGCAGAGCCACCCCCAGUUCCAGUCCCAUCUUGAGACCCACCGGCCACAGCUUCAACCCCAGCCUGAGCCGACGCGCUGGCGCGGCCGUCACAGGGAGCAGCUGCAGGGCCAGCAGGAGCUCUACCCCGGCUCAGGAGUCCUACUGUCCUCCCUGCAGCUGGCCGCCAUGUUUCAGGAGGCCAGAGGGAACUGCAUGAGACUCUUUCAUCUCCUAUUCGAGCAUUUCUUCACCGAGGAAGACCUCAUAGGAGCGGUGGCCUUCGGCAGGAGGGGAAAAGUACCCGACGGCAAGAAGAUUCUUGACCGCAGAACGGUGGACGCAAUCAUAGCUUACGUCCUCCACUGCUCUGCCCUGGAUGGAUGGACAUCGGUGGAGUCGGCCAAACUGAAGAAAGCAUGUAUCAAUAAGUGUAGACUGAGGAUGUGUCAGAGGAGAAUCAGGACAUGUCCUGACGACUUCCUACAGGUCAGGGUCUGAGGAUCUCAUGUCCUGACGACUUCCUACAGGUCAGGGUCUGAGGAUCUCAUGUCCUGACGACUUCCUACAGGUCAGGGUCUGAGGAUCUCAUCAUGACAUGUCCUGACGACUUCCUACAGGUCAGGGUCUGAGGAUCCCAUCAUGACAUGUCCUGACGACUUCCUACAGGUCAGGGUCUGAGGAUCUCAUCAUGACAUGUCCUGACGACUUCCUACAGGUCAGGGUCUGAGGAUCUCAUCAUGACAUGUCCUGACGACUUCCUACAGGUCAGGGUCUGAGGAUCCCAUCAUGACAUGUCCUGACGACUUCCUACAGGUCAGGGUCUGAGGAUCUCAUCAUGACAUGUCCUGACGACUUCCUACAGGUCAGGGUCUGAGGAUGUGUCAGAGGAGAAUCAUGACAUGUCCUGACGACUUCCUACAGGUCAGGGUCUGAGGAUCCCAUCAUGACAUGUCCUGACGACUUCCUACAGGUCAGGGUCUGAGGAUCCCAUCAUGACAUGUCCUGACGACUUCCUACAGGUCAGGGUCUGAGGAUCUCAUGUCCUGAUGUCUUCCUACAGGUCAGGGUCUGAGGAUCCCAUCAUGACAUGUCCUGACGACUUCCUACAGGUCAGGGUCUGAGGAUCCCAUCAUGACAUGUCCUGACGACUUCCUACAGGUCAGGGUCUGAGGAUCUCAUGUCCUGAUGUCUUCCUACAGGUCAGGGUCUGAGGAUCCCAUCAUGACAUGUCCUGACGACUUCCUACAGGUCAGGGUCUGAGGAUCCCAUCAUGACAUGUCCUGACGACUUCCUACAGGUCAGGGUCUGAGGAUCCUACCAUUGUGGAGGAAAUGAGGUCAUCAUGCCUUCUGUUAGACAUUAGACCAUAUGGAACCCUAUUGCAUUCAUAUGGGCUCUGGUCACAAGUAGUGCACUAUAUAGGGAAUAGGGCUCUGGUCUAAAGUAGUGCACUAUAUAGGGAAUAGAAUAAAUGUUCUGUGUAAUGAUGUUAGACCAAUGAGGAGAAACGUUGUGUGUAAUGAUGUUGGACCAAUAACUGGAGGAGAAAUGUUCUGUGUGACGAUGUUAGACCAAUGACUGAAGGAGAAAUGUUCUGUGUGACGAUGUUAGACCAAUGACUGAAGGAGAAAUGUUCUGUGUGACGAUGUUAGACCAAUGACUGAAGGAGAAAUGUUCUGUGUGACGAUGUUAGACCAAUGACUGGAGGAGAAAUGUUCUGUGUGACGAUGUUAGACCAAUGACUGAAGGAGAAAUGUUCUGUGUGACGAUGUUAGACCAAUGACUGGAGGAGAAAUGUUCUGUGUGACGAUGUUAGACCAAUGACUGAAGGAGAAAUGUUCUGUGUGACGAUGUUAGACCAAUGACUGGAGGAGAAAUGUUCUGUGUGACGAUGUUAGACCAAUGACUGGAGGAGAAAUGUUCUGUGUGACGAUGUUAGACCAAUGACUGGAGGAGAAAUGUUCUGUGUGACGAUGUUAGACCAAUGACUGGAGGAGAAAUGUUGACAGAAUGUUGCCCUGAAAUAAAUGGUCAAUACCCCUC